AUGCCUUGUCAAUACUUUCUCUCGGUCAACUCUCGACCACAACCUUCGUCCGGGGUCGACGACCAACUCUGGGCCAAAUGGUACAAGGAAGAACAUUUACCAGACCUGGUCAAUAGUCAGGCGACCAAGAGAGCGGCAUUCUACCAAGAAACUCACGACUUUGCCGCCGCCUCCAAGGACCACCACCCGCGACCCUUCCUGGCUCUGUACCAGACCGACUUUGAAGAACCGCUCAAGACCAAAAACUACCUCGAGGGCGUCCGGCAUUCGAGCGGCAUGUGGCCCGGCCACAAACCCACUGUUGAGAUAGGCGACUUUGACUGUCGGAAUUACAAGCUCAUUCAAGAAUACGACCCGAACAAGAUUGGUGAUUCUGCUCCACCAUAUCUACUCACCGUGGAGAUGGAGCCCACGGCUGAAAACGAAGAGGACUUUGAUCAAUGGUACCGCAAGGAGCAUUUGGAACUGUUGAGCAAGUUGCCUGGGUAUCGCAGGUCGUUGAGGUACAUUGUCGGGCCCAGAACACCCGUCACCCAAGGGGACCCGCCGAGGUACCUUGCCAUUCACGAGGUUGACAACGUGCACGCUUUCGAUGGGAAAGAGGCAGAAGCCGCGAACGUGACACCCUGGACGGUCAAGCACAUCGCCGAGGCCAAGGUGUUUAUUCCGAGGAUGUGGCGAAAGAUAACAGAGGAGGGAUUUUGA